UAUUGUAUUGUAUUGUAUUGUAUUACAUCAUAUCAUAAAAUACACAGGGACUUCCUGGUGAAAGAGGAUUUAAAGGUGACAGUGGAGGUAAAGGUGAUACAGGAACACCAGGACCACGUGGUUUGCCUGGACCUCCUGGAAACGAAGGUAAACGAGGAAAAAGAGGAAUGCGCGGUCCAAUUGGUGUCCCUGGCCCUACUGGAGAGCGCGGAGCAUCAGGUGCACCAGGUCUUCCAGGAUUUGAUGGUCCCAUGGGACCUAAAGGUAUAUGCCGUCGUAAUUAUUAUUACGACAAUUUGUUAAAAUCAUUGGUAAAAUUAGAAAUCGACAUUGUUCCUUAUUAUUAGAAAUGAAUGUGGUUUUCUAACGUUUUAUUUGAAAGCUUAUAUUUUAAAAUUGUUCACAUAUAAUGUUAAUAAUGUAAAAUAUUAUUCAUAAUUUAUUCUCAAUAAAAAGAAUACUUCAUAAUAUAUUAUAUACCAUUAGGUCAACCUGGAGAUCGUGGACCACCUGGACCAAUGGGACUAAAAGGAGCUACAGGAGAUCCUGGUCGUCCAGGACAACCGGGUUUACAGGUUUCUAUUUAUAUAAUUUAUAUAAAACUUUAACAGUACAGGAAAAUAUAUAUAUAACAUAAUUUCGUCAAAUAUUUUUGCCUGGGAAGUUGAUCGAAUAACAAUGAACAAAGAAUUACAUUUUAAAUUUUUUACAACCAUAGAGAGUUUAAUAUGAAAUUUAUUUCUUUGAAUAGUCAAGUUAUAUAAUAUUUUUUUCUAAUGGUGCACGCUUGAGUUAUAUGUAUUAUUAUUACAAGCUUUCUAUUUAUAGAUACUCAUACUUCAACACAUUCAUUGCCAACUUUUCUGACUGUGUGCACAUCUGGUGUCGACUGCAGACUGUGACAUUGAAUUCGUUCGCUCGCUUGUGACUAAUCGGUUCCCUCGGCACUCCACUGUUAUUCACCGAUCACAUGUGACCGAUCAAUCGCACUGGCAAUGAAUGCGUUAAAAAACUUUUAAUCUUUGAAGCAAUCUUUCCUUCAAAGUAAUAAUAAAAUUCCAUAGAAAUCCGCAGUUUUACUCGUAAUAAUUUGAGAUGAUAUAAAAAUAUAUAAGUAUCUUAAAUUACAUAGAAAGAAAGGAGAAGGAGAGAAAAGCAGCUUAUCAGUAGCUUUAAAAUUAUCGUACAAUUAUUACAAUGAAGAAAGAAGACUUGAGAUAUAAUAUCAAUAGGGUACGCGUGGAUUAAUGGGUCGCCCUGGUGCUCCUGGGAAACCAGGAAAUCCAGGAGAACGAGGAAUUCAAGGUGCUGAUGGAAAGUCAGGUGAACAAGGCCCACUUGGAUUACAAGGUUUACCUGGUCCAAUAGGUCUUCCAGGAGAAAAGGGAUAUCCGGGCGAGACUGGAAAAGCUGGUGAACCAGGAAAUCCUGGACCACCUGGUCCUAGAGGUGAUACAGGAAAAGAAGGAGUCCCAGGUCCUCAAGGUUCACCUGGACCAUCAGGAACAGAUGGAGAACGGGGAGCUCCAGGGUCUCCAGGCCCUAGGGGUUUUCAGGGUUUUCCAGGUGCUAUUGGUAAUCCAGGAACACCAGGAAAAGAUGGAGAACCAGGUGUUCAAGGACCACCCGGUCCAUCAGGUGCACCUGGAAACAGAGGUGAACGAGGAUUUCCCGGUGAAAGGGGUAUACCAGGAGCACCAGGACUAACAGGACCAAGAGGAGAACCAGGUGUACAAGGAUUAGAUGGACCACCUGGAUUACCCGGAGAAAAAGGAGAUAAAGGAAUUUCAGGGCCACCUGGAUUAUUGGGUUUACCUGGUUUACGGGGAACUACGGGAGAAUCGGGUCCAAAAGGAGAAAGAGGAUCUAGUGGACCACCUGGUCCUGAAGGACCUCCAGGACGGAUUGGAGAACGUGGACCGCAAGGUCAAAUUGGUCCGCCAGGUCCACCAGGCGAACCAGCGGAACGAGGCGAUCCUGGAUUACCUGGACCUCCAGGAGAAGUGGGUGCUUCUGGUAACCCAGGAGAGAGAGGACCCCAAGGAUUACAAGGAUUGCAAGGCUUUCCAGGACAACAAGGGCUUAUUGGUUUACCAGGAUUAAAGGGUGACCGUGGUUAUCCAGGUCUGAAAGGAGAUCAAGGAAAUCCUGGUUCACCUGGUAGUCCAGGUGAAACUGGGCCACAGGGUCUAAUUGGUUUGACGGGAGCUAAAGGAGUACGAGGUGAACCAGGUAUUAGAGGAGAGCCUGGUAUUAUGGGACCACCAGGGGUACCGGGAAUCGUUGGUGCAACAGGUCCACCAGGUGCACCAGGACCACCAGGUUCACCUGGAUUACCAGGUAGUAAAGGUAAUAUUGGAGAAGCAGGACGACCUGGGAGUCCUGGACCUACUGGAAGUCCAGGUUCACCUGGUGCAGAUGGAAACAAAGGAGAGAGUGGUUCUCAAGGACCACCGGGUAUUCCUGGACCUCAAGGUCCUCAAGGUUUCCCUGGUGAAAGAGGAUUACCUGGUUUACCGGGUCCUUCUGGACCAAUAGGUAGUAAAGGAAUACGAGGAGCGCCUGGUGAAACUGGCAUACCUGGGAAACCUGGAACGGAAGGUUUACCUGGACCUCCUGGACAAAUUGGACAAAUUGGACCACCUGGACCACCAGGAGAAAUUGGAGCAGAAGGUCCAACUGGUAAACCUGGACCACCUGGAAUAGCAGGUCGUCCUGGAGAUAAAGGACCACCGGGAGCGGUAGGACAGACAGGAUUGCCCGGUCCUCCUGGUUUACCUGGACCUAGAGGAAAACCAGGACCGAUAGGGUUAGAAGGUCCUAAAGGUGAUCGUGGAGAAGAAGGAGAAAAAGGUGUGAAAGGUCAUAGAGGAUUUAAUGGUUUACCAGGUCUACCUGGGCCUAUUGGGCUGCCAGGAGAGAAAGGAAUACCAGGACUUCCUGGAUUACCUGGUAAAGAUGGCGAACCUGGAUCUAGAGGUAGUCCUGGACGAGAUGGUAAUCCUGGAAUAAUUGGACUAACUGGCAAUCCAGGACCAAAAGGUCCUCCAGGUGAAGAAGGUCGUCAUGGACCACCUGGUCCUCCUGGUCCUCCAGGACCUCCAGGUCCACCUGGUGAACUUGGUUUAGGAUAUGAUGCUGCUUCUUUAGCUGCCUUUUUAGGACAAGGUCAAACUAAGGGACCAGAUCCAUUAAUUGGUGACGAACCACCUAGAACUUUUAGUCAGGACAUGACAGAAGAAGAAAGGAAGGAACUCAUUUCGAAGGCAUAUAAACAAUUGAAAUCAUCAUUUCAGAAAUUUAUAAGGCCAGAUGGUGAAAAAAAUUCACCGGCCAAAACUUGUAGAGAUCUUUAUACUGCUUAUCCGGAUAAACUAUCUGGAGAAUAUUGGGUGGAUCCCAAUGAAGGUGAUGCAAGAGAUGCAAUUUUAGUGUAUUGUGAUGCUAAGAAACGUGCAACAUGUUUAUUACCAAGUCCAGUACGUUCCCCAGAAAUCAAGUAUAUUACUGAUCGACCAGAAACUUGGUUAAGCGAAAUAGAAGAUGGAAUGAAGAUUAUGUAUAAAGCAGACAGUAAUCAAAUUGGUUUCUUACAACUUCUAUCGACACGUGCAAACCAAAAUAUAACAUAUCACUGUAAAAAUAGCAUAGGCUAUUUUGAUUCUGAACAAAAGACAUACAGAAAAGGUAUGAAAUUCUUAACCUGGAAUGAUGUGGAGUUAACGCCACGUGGAAAUCAACGGUUAAGAUAUGACAUGAUAAUUGAUGAAUGUAAAAUAUACAACGGGGAAUGGGGCAAGACAAUAAUUUCAUAUCAAACUGAUAAACCUGUAAGAUUGCCUGUAAUAGAUGUGGCUUUAAGAGAUAUUGGAAAAUCAGAUCAGAGCUUUUCUAUUGAAAUUGGUAUUCAUCCUCGUGAAGAAGAUAUAUGAUUUCGAAUUCAGCCAGGCAAAGUGUAAAACAAUAUCGUUAUAAUAUCCGACAUUUGCGAGAGCAUGACGUAAUGCAAAGUAAACCAAAUAGUUUACAGAGAUACCAUUUAUAAUUAAAAAAAAAAAAACUCGAGACAUCGAUCUGUUUAUAUACCAGUGAGCAAUUGUGACACGCACUGACAAGCAAAAUGGAUCUCUUCCGGAAGUUCAAUGAGAGAAUACCAAGGAGAGCAAUUCUAGGUGCAAUGAUGUUUUUAGCUUGUAUGUUUUCAUAUAUGAUUCGUACAAAUUUGUCCAUUAUCAUUGUUGCUAUGGCAAAUACAACUAGUAAAGAUGGAAUAAGUGGUCCAGCAUGUCAUACCAUCGACACUAAUGGCAAUAGUACUAGUCAUAAACCUGCUGUACUUAAAGAUUACGGUGAACGAUAUGAAUGGAACCAACAUGUACAAGGUUUUUUGCUUUCUGGCUAUUUUUAUGGAGUUCUUCCAGCAAGUGUGCCCGCUGGUCUUUUGGCUGAAAAAUAUGGUGGUUCUAAAGUAGUAGCAUUUGCAACAUUAAUACCUGCAAUAUUAAACCUUUUGAUGCCUUGGGCUUCUGGUAUUCAUUAUGGUGUAGUGUUUGCACUUCGUUUUUUGAUGGGCUUCUUUGGAGUGGACCUUUUGGAACUGUAGUCACAUUUACAUUAUGUGGUCAAAUAAUUAGUGCUUUUAGUUGGAAAGCUGCAUUUUAUGUUACUAGUGGUCUUAUACUGAUUUUUUAUGUUUUAUGGGUUUUCCUUAUAUACGAUACUCCUGAUAUACAUCCAAAAAUCACAAAAAAUGAAAAAGAUUAUAUUAAAGAACAAAUAGGUACUACUAUUUCUAAACAGAAAGUGAAAUUGCCAGUGAGAGCCGUUGCUACAUCAGUACCAUUUAUAGUUCUAUUAUGGGCUCAUUUUGCAAACAUGUGGGGUAUAUAUUUCAUUGCUACAAACGGACCAAAAUAUACGUUAGAAGUUCUUGGUUUUAAUAUGAAAUCGGGAGGAUCAGUUACAGGAUUACCUUAUAUAGCAAGACUUGGUGCUGGAAUAUUGUUUGCUGCAGCUGGUGAUUAUGUUCGAAGGAAAAAUAUUUUUACUUUAAAUUGGAUUAGAAAGAUAUUUAUGCUUUUCUCACAUAUGGGCCCUGCAUUAGCUUUAAUUGUAAUGACAUAUGUUGGUUGCGAUGCAACUACUGCUAUCAUUAUGUUAAUAGUAGCAUUAACUUUUAAUGGUGCUGCAUGUCAAACCAGUUUACAAAAUCAUCAAGAUCUUGCACCAAAUUACGCUGGUUCUUUGUAUGGAAUCAUGAAUACUUUUGGCAGUUUUCCUGGAUUUAUUAUUCCACCAAUUAUUGGUGCUCUAACAAAUGAGAGAAAUGGAGUAGAAGAAUGGCGUAUUAUGUUCUGGAUUUCAUCAGCAGUGUUUACAUCGGCAACAGUACUUUUUUGGUUCUUUGGUUCGGCAGAAAUUCAACCAUGGAACGAUUUAAAUCAACAGAAAGUAUCAACGAUUUCUGACGAAGAAACUCAAAUGAAUUCAAUACCCGCUACAAAAUCAUAUCCAGAACAAGAAGACGAUGAAUCUAAAGUAUCGUUAUAAUUAAAAAAUUGCAUUUUUUUUUAAAUUAAUGCUAAAUUUAUUUUUAUUAAUUUAUUUAAUAUUAAUAUUACGUUGAUACAUCCAAUCAUUUCAUAAGUAGUAUGAAUAUUGCGGAUUUUUUUUUUGAAGCUAGACAAACGAUUUAUUCACAAUUAUUUUUCUACAUUUCUACAGUCAGUUGUAAUUUUUUUGCUAAUUUCUCGAUCCCUCUUUUGAUCAGUUCCUUUUUUUUUUAUUUUAUUAUUUAUUACUUUUUUCCAAAAUAUUCGUUUUAUUUAUUCAACGACUUAAUAUAUAAAUUAGUACUUACAAAUAAAUGAGUAGCAAGAGCGUAAAUCUUAACAAGAGAUUUUAAGGCACCACAGUAUCGAUAUAUAUAUUUGAUAUAUGCUUUUACAUCUUAAAACGUGAGAAAUACUCGGAUUGCAUUUCUUAACUUCGUGCCAAAUGAAACGUAUACUUAAUACAUAUAGUUUCAAUACAGAUGAUAAUACUUCAUACAAGGUAUCUUAAUAAUAAUGUAUAAUUGUUUAUAUUUGUAAAAUCAGAAGUGUAAAAUAUGCAAUUGUAUAUAAGAUAAUUAAUAAUUUAUCAUCUUAAUUCUAAUAUAAAGAGGGAUAUGAUUUAAUACAAAGAAAUGUUGCACGAGUUGCGAAAUGUUACAAUAAUAUAUUCUUAUAUUUAAUUUAUUUGUUCUCUCUACAGAGUGAAAUUUGGAGAAGUAUUACAAAUAUUUUUUCAUACAUGUUUCGUUAUAAUUAAUUUAAGAAUCAUAUACAAAGUGAAACUACAUAUACUUUGUAUAAUUAUCAUCAUGUGAGGUUUAUUAUGUAUUUACUGAAUGUACAUAUUAUACUAUACAUGUAGUGAUACAGUAUAUAAGCGUAUUGUAAUGCGUAUAGAUUGAUCUGAUGAUAUUUUGAAAGUGUAUUAAUUAUUGUAAUGUAAAUACAUUUAUAGAAAUACGUAAUAUUCAUUAUGUUAAUUCUUGCAAUUGUUAGGUACAAGUGUCUUGAGAGAGAUAUAUAGGAAUAAUUUUAAAUCCAUCUCCAUCUGAUUUCAUAGGAAUGCGAGAAGAAGUACAGUUGCUGGAAAUAUUUGUGGGCAAAUGUAAUUUCGAAAAAGUUUUACAGGUUUGUUGUAUGCAAGAGAUUUUUUGUUCAUUUAUUUUAUUACUUGUGUUAUUUGUACUUAAACAUAGACUACAAGUUGAUUUAGUAUACACUUCAUUUUUCCCAAACGAACAAUUCUUCAUAGUCUGCUGCGAGGAGAUAAUACAGUUUUCUCGAGUACAAAAUGUAUUUUUCAAUAUUUGUAGGGCGUUCGCCGCUUGGGAAGUUAAUGUACUAUGAUAGCUGGAAGAAGCUGGACAAAUUGGUUGAUCUAACAAAGUUGUGAUUGUCUGACUUGAACUACUCAUGGUUUCUGCAAAGUACGUACGAAA